AUGUCUUCUUCGGAGGGCGCAUCUUCACAGGAGCGACACACAGGCCUCGCUUCGCCUCUUAACCUCGAUGGUUCAAACAGCGCCACAACCAGCAGCGAACCACAGGCGUCAACCGCAGCACCAUCUUCUUCAGCAACGAUAAAGGACGAUGUCAGUACAAAUCUCAAACCUGCGGAGUCACACAGUCGGCCUGGCAGCAUCAUGGCGCCUUCCGUUCAGUUUGACGAACAAAGUUUGCAGGCGACACCCUCCGCUCAGGGACGCGGCGACAACGCUUCCCUUCCUGCUUCACCAGCUGCGGAUACAACCAUGUUUGUGACUGGCUCGCCGGCCGCAGGAUCCAAGAUGUCCCUACCACCCCGUCGAGAUGCCAGCACAUCACAACUCAGGGCUGCGGGCCCACGCCAUUUGCGCGAGAGCCAUAGCCAUCAGAGACUCUCCAGUCGUGCCUCAGCGGGCGGCAGCUCAGUCAACUUGCCUGGGGGGAACGGCAGCCGCACUGGAACGGGGACAAGGAGAAGCAGAGCCAACCCCACCAUCGUCACUGUUCCCGUUUGGGCGCGCGACGAGUCUCCCAGUCCACCCAACUCGCCCUAUGCUAGCCCACAAGCGCACAGUCAACCAAAAUCUCUGCAUGACAUGGAGUCACUCUCGCUGCCAGCGGCCGAGAUGCGAAACGAGGAUAGAAGCGAGCGCCAACGCGUGCCCUCUUCGGAGCGGAGGUCAGAUGCGCCAGACGCAAGCCAAAUCAUGGGUAAAGCUGGCAUCGCAUUUGGCCGCGCCGUUUCGCCAGAGGCAGUCAUGCAGGCAGAAGCUCAAGAAGCGCAAAGCUCAUUCCCCGAUAGAUGGUGGACCUUCACACUACCGCACAAGUAUCGUUCGCGGCUACACGAGCAUCAUCUUCGCAUGGCCUUUCAUCAUGAGCGAAUGCGUUCUGAAACAAUAGAGAAGGAGAAGCAGAACGAACAGUCCAAGAGCAAGGCAAAUCGCAAUACAAAGCCCAGCCAAAAGAAGAGAAAGUCGCAGCAACAACUGCGUUCAAGCUCCGACUCUUCACAUUCCGACAGUACCAGCAGCAGUGGGGACAGAGACAGCAGCGACAUUGAGAUGCAAGAGCGCAGAGGCAGAGACGACCGUCCAGAGCAUCAUGGUUAUGGACUUGGCACGGGAACGUGGAAUGGCAUGGCUGCUGGGUUGGGAGCAAGUGGGCUGCUUAACAAGCAGUUCGGCACACUGCGGUCAGCCAAGGCCACUUCACCAAUAGAGCGCCGUGACCAACAGCGUCACGACACUCCUUCGCCAGACGGAACCUCCACGACAAAGGCAGACGACCGUGAUCUGGAAAAGCAGCAGAAGAAGGAGCCAGAAGAGCGGGAGUACCCGACAAUGUCGUUCAAGGCAAGGAUGGAGCAUCCCGACGUUUUCACAGUGCAUCAACCAGCCACACCAGGCUGGGCAUCGCCUUGGAAGCCCGAAGAGCGUGGCCAUGGUGGCUUCAACGCCGCAGGAUAUUUCCCACGCACCGAGUCUGGACGAACUUACAACUCCAAGAGUGGCCGUCCUAACACCUGGUUCGAUGCCUGGAAGAAUUUCCUCAUUCACAACCCCUUUGUGCCGCUGCUCUUCCGUGUCAUUAAUGUUGCCUUCACAGCAGCUACAUUGGCAGUGGCGAUCGAGCUCUUUGUCCUGCUCCGUGCGGAAGGAGCCAUUGAUGCCGUUGGCGCAUCGCCGUUGGUCGCCGUCAUCUUUGCUCCGCUGACGCUUUUGCAUGUCGGGUUCCAAAUCUGGCUCGAAUACUUUGGUCGACCAAUUGGCUUGUGGACCGUGCAGUCCAAGCUCUCUUACACAGUCGUCGAGCUCAUCUUCAUCUGUCUCUGGUCGUCUGAGCUGUCACUCACGUUCGACAACUACUUCACUUCGACGCUCGUCUGCGUCAAUUACGGCAGUCCCUUCGUCGGACCACGACAGCCGCCGGCGGAUCGACCGAACCCACUGGACGACCCAAGCAAGAAGCCUUACAUCUGCCGACUGCAAGGAUCGCUGAUCGGUCUUGUUUUCGUCAGCUUGCUCGCCUACCUGAUUGUUCUCACGGUUUCCCUCUUCCGAAUCUUUGUCAGGGUCACUGGCGGAAGCAGGAGGUGA